GCCUUUUCUGUUGUGUCAAAGCUGCUGUCUCAGCGUAAACUUGACCUGCUGGAUGAACUUGUAUCAGCAGAGGUACUUCGGGCGCUGAAGGAAAAACUUUCUUUGCUCCCUGACAACCACAGGGAUGCUUUAGCAGCUGACGUUGAUGCAAUCAUGUACACAACAGAAGGAGAUGUUCGCAUUUACUAUGAUGAUGAUGGAAGAAAGUUUGUUAGUAUCCUGAUGCGUUUCUGGUAUCUGAAUGGUGCUAACCUACCUGAUGAAGUACCAGGUGAAACCAAAGUUUUCCAGAUUGUGUUUGGAGAUGAAAGCACAAAAGAGAAAAGACAUCUUUUAACAGCAAACUAUGAAUUCCAGAGGGAAUUUACAGAAGGAGCAAAACCAGACUGGACAAUUACACGGAUUGAACAUCCAAGGCUAUUAGAAUAAAUGCCUUCUACGGUCUUUUUAUGUACCAUUGUAAACGUUCUGAUGUAACAAAUACCAGGCUUUUUUUGGUCUCUUUUUUCCCUUCUUGCCUUCUCCUCCAAAAGAGGGGUGAAUUUUUUUUGUUUGAUUUCCCAGAGUUGUUUUGAACUUACACUAUGCUGUGGCAUUACAAUAAAGCCUUUUCCAUGGAACAGGCUAGUACAAGUUGAACUGGUACUAAUGCUCAUCCAGGGCAUUUACACAGCGCAGUUUCACGCAGGCCGGUAUUACGGGUAUGUCAGCUUCUUACGUUCUGAGAAGAAAUGGUACUACUUGAAGAUAAACAACACUUUUGUGGCUAGUGGCCCUUCU